CAUUCAUUCUUCCUUUUUGUUUUUUUUUUAUGUGAAUUCCCUUUCUAUCUUUUUGUCCUUGGGGAGGGGUGCCACAACCUUUUUGGAUUGAUCUGAUAUUGAUUUGAUCUUCGAACACCUUGGGAGUUUGUGUCCAUUGUGGCCAUGGCUGACAUCGUGAAGCAGAUCCUGGCAAAGCCGAUCCAAUUGGCGGACCAUGUGACCAAGGCUGCCGAUGAUGUCUAUUCUUUCAAGCAAGAGUGCGCGGAGCUUAAAUCCAAAACCGAGAAACUCGCGGCCCUCCUCCGCCAGGCCGCCCGUGCCAGCAACGACCUCUAUGAGCGCCCAACUCGCCGCAUCAUCGACGACACAGAGCAGGUCCUGGACAAGGCCCUCGCCCUAGUCUUCAAGUGCCGCGGCAAUGGCCUCAUGAAGCGCGUCUUCACCAUCAUACCCGCUGCUGCCUUCAAGAAGAUGUCAUCCCAUCUCGAAAACUCCAUUGGUGAUGUCUCCUGGCUCCUCCGUGUUUCUGCGUCCGCAGGCGACCGUGACGAUGAGUACCUGGGCCUUCCCCCUAUCGCUGCCAAUGAGCCCAUCCUCUGCCUCAUCUGGGAACAGAUCGCUACUCUCUACACUGGAUCCCUAGAGGACAGGUCCGACGCCGCCGCUUCCCUCGUCUCUCUCGCCCGCGACAAUGACCGAUAUGGUAAGCUCAUAAUCGAGGAAGGAGGGGUGAUGCCCCUCCUGAAGUUGGUGAAAGAUGGAAAAUUUGAAGGCCAGGAGAACGCUGCCCGUGCGAUUGGCCUCCUCAGCCGUGACCCGGAAAGCGUUGAGCAUAUGAUGCACGCUGGUGUCUGCUCAGUGUUUGCGAAAAUCCUCAAAGACGGUCCCAUGAAGGUUCAGGCCAUGGUGGCCUGGGCUGUGUCUGAGCUCGCUGCUCAUCACCCUAAAUGCCAGGACCUUUUCGCCCAGAACAAUAUAAUUCGGCUGCUCGUUAGCCAUCUCGCCUUCGAGACCAUUCAAGAACACAGUAAAUAUGCCGUGACCAGUAACAAAGCUGCGCCCAUGUCCAUCCAUUCGGUCCUAAUGGCUAGUAAUAAUCCUAAUCCCAACGCCAACGGCAGCCCCUCCGCCACUAACAGUCACCAACCCAAUGAAGACGAGAGUCAGAUCUCUCAUCCAAUGGGUCGCCAACAGCCCAACCAGAUGCUUAAUGUGGUCACAAACACCAUGGCUGCGAGAAACGUAUCGAAGCCACCCCAACCGCCCGGUAACAUUGCCAACAACAGUCACCAAAGCAACCACGUCAAAAAUUCGAAACAAAAUCGCCAUCAUCAACAGCAUCACCUUCAACACGGCACUCUGGUCGGGGGUAGCAUUAAAGGGAGGGAAUUUGAAGACCCGACCAUCAAGGCCAAUUUGAAGGCCAUGGCAGCGAAAGCUCUUUGGCACCUUGCCAAGGGAAAUUCUGCCAUUUGCCGGAGCAUCACCGAGUCCAGAGCGCUCCUCUGCUUUGCGGUCCUCUUGGAGAAGGGCCCAGACGAGGUCCAAUACAAUUCAGCUAUGGCGUUGAUGGAGAUCACUGCUGUGGCAGAGCAAGACGCUGACCUUAGACGGUCUGCAUUCAAGCCCAAUUCCCCUGCCGCCAAGGCCGUCUUCGACCAGUUACUGAGCAUCGUACAGAAGGCCGAUUCGGACCUCCUCGUACCCAGCGUCACGGCCAUGGGCAACUUGGCAAGGACUUUCCGAGCCACAGAGACGAGGAUAAUUGGACCACUGGUGCUAUUGCUUGAUGAUAGAGAAGGGGAUGUUUCUAGGGAGGCUGCCAUUGCCCUCACUAAGUUUGCCUGCACUGAGAAUUACCUACAUGUUGACCACUGUAAGGCCAUAAUCAACGCAGGAGGGGCGAAGCAUCUAAUUCAGCUUGUGUAUUUUAGCGAACAGAUUGUGCAGAUACCGGCAUUGGUUCUGUUAAGCUACAUUGCGUUGCAUGUCCCCGAUAGCGAGGCACUUGCGCAAGCGGAGGUCCUUACAGUGCUCGAAUGGGCUUCGAAGCAGGGGUACAUGAUGCAAGAUCCCACUGUUGACACAUUAUUGCCGGAAGCCAAAGGUAGGUUGGAACUCUACCAAUCCAGAGGUUCAAGGGGAUUCCAUUGAUUCAAUGUGCACAAAGUACCAGUGAGGAAGUACGUAGAGGUGGAAGGGGUUUCCCUCUCUGUGGUUUAAUAGUAUAAUGCAUUGAUUUUUUCACUUCCAUGCUCAUGUCAUGGUUGAACGAGUCUGCAGAAGGGUCC